UCUCCCCUGUUUUCAUUGAACGACAAAACUGAAGGAAAACAAACGUUUUAUGCGAAAAUGAACAAUAUAAGCAUCUUUUCUCAUUAUGAAACAUAAAUAUGUUGUGUAUACAAAAAUGGCAGUGACUGUCAUUCUCUGCAAAUACACACCAAAGACAUGGAAAGCAUGAUUUCAGUUUUGACAGUUGGGGUUGUAAUCAUUUCCAAAAUAUAGGACCAUCCUGCUGAAAACAGCCUUAAAAUCAAAAUUUUGAUAAUGUUGUCACUCGAAGUAGAUCUAAAAAACAACACAGAAAAGGGCCCUAAUCUCAUUCAAGAUAUCCAGGACCAGUUAUCUGAUUCAAAAUGGUACUGGUUCUUCUUAUCCAUUGUUUUGGCACAGAUCUGGGUGAUAUAUUUGACUUUUUACAACUCAAGAGUGGUUGGUCUCAUCCUAACAGCAGUCAUCAAUAGAUUUACUAAUUUUGGACACAUCAGAUUAGGUUCCCUUUCUUUUUCUGUUUUAUCUGGAAAAAUAAUGUUUAGAGAUGUACAUCUUAUAACUGAAGAUUUUACAAUGAGAAUUCAAAAUGGAUGGAUUAUAUUUAAAUGGUGGAGACCUUUUAUACCCAAAACUAUAAAAGAAGAUUUAUCACAUAUGGAAUGUAGAGUUGCCAUAUUUUUGGAUGACCUUGAGGUCCAUAUUUAUAACAGAUCUGUCAAUUACUCAAAUUUAGAAAAAUUAUUUUCUGGCAAAUUGAAUAAAGAGGAUGAAGUUCAAAAUGAAUCAAAAGAUAAUAACCAAGACAGUGAAAAGAAAAGAUCUGUCAGUAAGAGAGAAUUCAUGUGGAGAGAUUUGAUUCCUGUCAUCAAAGUACAAAUAAAUUCGGGAAGAGUAAUUUUUGGCAACCACUUAGUACCAAAUUCCAUGAUAGUGAAAUUUGAUGAUGGAAAUUUUACUUACACAACAAAACCAGCAUCGACUCCAUUCGAUAUACUGAUGCAUGAUGCAAAAGGCAAGGCUGAAAACUUUAAAAUUAUGUUUGUACCAAGUCCUAAAUAUCAUGGACCAGUUGAUGAACCACCACGUAACAUGGGAGAAGGAUUUGUUGUUUUACAGACUAGAAAUAUCAAUGUACAUCUUUUUAUGGAUGAACCAGGUACUGUUCCAUAUGAACCAGAAAGUGUACAGUUAGCUGACGGUGAAACAGUUGUACUGAGGACCUAUCCAUGUUUUGGUGUGGUGGCAGGAUGUGGUAAAAAUACUGAUUUUAAUUAUGGCCCUUGGGCUGAUAGACAAAGGGAAUUGCUAUGGAAGUUUUUCUAUCCAGCUGACUACCAAGCCAUGGUACCCACCAUUGAACCUAAGCCUGGUGAACUGAGGCAAUAUAAAACAUUUGAGUUUAGAAUGAAUAUGUACCACAGAUCUACCAUUGAUAUACUUUUCACCAAAAAUUCUGAAACACAAGCCAUCCAUAUGAAUGCCAACCCUGGAUCUUACAUUGAGAUGAAUGUUCCGUGGAUGAUAGCUGAGGAUGGUUAUGUUACAACAGUAAAGGGACAGUUUUUAUUGGCAGAUGCUUCCACUAGUUUACAAUAUAGGUCACUAAUAGAGUGUGAAACUUUUGAGUUUACAGUAACAGCAUCAUACCCACUGACAUGGAACGAUCACCAAGAUUGGGUCUGUGAUUUCAUUGCUUGUAAAGCUACAGUCUUCCUCAUCUUUCAUCUCAAACAUUUCUUUAAAGAUUUAAUGGAGGAUUGGUCAUCUGAAGAAAGACCUGAUAUUUUUCAUUUUGUACCAUACACAUGGACAAUCAAUCUGAUUAUUAAAGAAUUUGAACUUGUACUGCUGACCAAUGAAUACAACUGGAUAGAUACUACAUCCACUCAAACAGAAAAUGCACAUAUAGCUUUUGCUGGUCAGACGUUAGAAUUAUCACUGGUCCUACCAUAUACAGAUUAUCUCCCUUCCACAGUACCUAUUGGUCUGGUUAUAAAAGGAGAGAAUGCCUACUGUAGAUUUUACCUACCAGAGUCUAACACAAGUAGACAAAUUGUUUUGGCUAUAUCUAAAAACAUGAAAAUAAUGGACAGGAAUGGGAAAAUAAUAGAGAAACCCUUCAAACCAGAUAAACGUCAGUGGAGAAGGUUUACAGAAGAAAGUGAAGGCUGGCUUGACUGUUGGACUACUACACACGUAGCAAUAAGUCUAGGAUACACUUAUCAUCCAAUGCCAUUACUGGAAGAUAAAAUUGAAACAGAAGUCUCCACAAAAAAGAAGAAAUCUGCACCAAACACACCUAUCAUAGAGGAGGAGAUAAAUAUACCUAUGGGACCUUUCAGUGGUAAAGUCAUUAGAACAGAUCCUCCUGAGGGUUUUGAUCCAGCAGACAUGGAACCAGAUUUAAUAGCAUUGGAAUUGGAAGUGGCUCCAUCUAUGUUGUGUAUAUAUGGGUCAUUACUGAGGAAUUUUCUGCAUGUUAAGGAAAACUAUUUAGGUGAAGACCAAGUAUUUACUGAUUUUUAUGAUACUCCUAAAGAAAAGAAGAUGGGUGAAGCGGCUGAUGGUCCCUAUGUAGCUGAAGCUGAAGUGAGACCAUUUGAUGCUAGAGAAUACCGUCCAUUUGCAGUGACUGUCUCAUUGGUUAUUAAUGAUAUUCAUGGACAUCUUGUUAAGAACUGUAACAUAGAUGAUCUACCCUGUCCCAGUAUAUUCCUUGAACGUUUAUGUUUUGAGAUGGACAAGACUUACUUGGAAACUAAAUUACAAUUACUUUUGUCCCCAGCUGUACUGGUAGCCAAAGAUACAUACCCGAGAGAAGAUGAUAAUAAGCAUUUGAAUGAAGGUCACCUUGGGUUGUCAGGACUACAAGUCAGAGGUCAUGCUAUGUUUUCACAUGAAGGAUUACCUAUGGAAAGUGAGACUUUGGAGUAUGCAUGGCUGAUAGAAGUUGUUAUAGGAGAUUUAACAGGGAAGCUGACUAGUCCACAGUUACAGAAUUUAGUAGAAUUUAUCCAGACAUUCAUCAUACUAGUUGAAGAUCCAGAGAAUUGUUUACAACCCUCCAAACCAAACAAACUGUGUCAACACAUGUUACCUCAGCCUCAGUGUAGGAUGUUACCUCAAUACUCCUAUCACUGUCCAUUAUCAGAGGACAUUAAAUAUGAAAUGGUCAGAGUGUCUGUGGAUUCUAUCAGCUUCUUCUUGGUAGAAUCUGGGACUGCUUUAAAUGUUCAGGUGCAUCCAAUUAAAUUGUCAACUUGCAAUUUGCAUGGAACUAAUACUAGAGCAGGAAUAACAGCUAGAGUAGAACAUAUUUCAUUGACCCAGUUUAUUUCAUCAUCUGCUUUAAAACAUGACAGUAGCCAAUUAGAUUUAUGGCUUGAGUCAGGUGGCCUAACCAUUGGACCAAUAGAUGGAGAGGCAGCUAUGGCAUUGCCUAAUCCAGACUUCCACAAAAUACAGGAUGACUUUCUCAAAAUUCAUGACAAAAAGACAAGGAGAUUGUGGUUUCUGUGGCCACCAGAAGAAAUUAAAGUGUUGUCUUUAGUGAUAGGAAAAUGUGGCUGCCUUGGUGGCUGUGCAUUCUUUGGAAACAAUAGAACAGGUAUUGGAUUUUUUAAUUCUAAAAAAUACAAAGAAAGACCAUUUUCUGCUGUGUUGAAAGUGUCCCCUGCUGGACAGGAUCCUGGAUUUGGUCAGAGUUUGCUAUUUAAAGACAAAUUAGUUUUUGAGGUAUCACUUACAAAUGGAAUAGAAGGAGCAUCACCUUCAAAAGGAAAUGGAUUUAAAUUCACUAGAGGUUAUAUGAGUAAUGUGACAACCCCAGAAUCUGGAACAAACAUUACAGUCAUUGGAGAAAAGUCCUCAUUAAGCCAAUCAUUGAAGGUUCCAAAAGAAAGUCUGUUCCACGAAAGUCCAGGAAAAAUUCAAUCUCAGAUAUCUAUUGGGGAUGCUUCAUUAAAAUCAGUAGCAAGUGACUCUAUUCUUGAAACUAAACCUUCUUCUGUAUCAUCUAUAAAUGUAAGCAGUAAGUCUCCGGAAGACAUUUCAUCGAGUUCUCCUUCUGACAACAAAAGUUUGUCAUCUAGAAAAGACAGUUUGGAAAAUUUUAAUAAAAGAGAUUCCCAAGGAAGUCGAAGAUCAGGAUUAGCAGACAGUCUAACAACAUUGAAGUCCAUCAACAGACAAUCAGGUUCUGAUCUGGAAGAUUUUAAGAUGUCAGAAAGGAGUUUCUCAAAGUCAUCAUUGUCAACUCCUAGAGUUUUAAGGCAAGAUAUGGGAAGUAAAGUACAAUCAGAAAUGUCUAUAGAAAGUGAACGUUAUUAUUCUGCUGAUGAAGAUGUGGAAACUUCACAACCUGAUAAUGGUAUUUCAUUUCUCUCUACUGAAAGCAUGAGUUUAGAUGGAACUUUAAAAAGACAUGAUUCCACAGUAAAUAAUCAGACUGUUUUACAAUUAGAUACAAUAAAAGGGAAUAAUAAAACUAUUGAGCGACAGUUGAGCUCUGAGAGUUCAGGCUCUACGUUAUCUUAUGAAUCUGCAACUACAGAGCCAAAUGAUGCCGAUAGUUUUACAGGGGUACCUGAAAAUUUUCUAGUCGAUCUUCAUGGGCAAGUGCAAAAACCAAUAAGUGAAUCUCCAGUUUUAAUGUCAUGUUAUGCUAGUCACCUGACUCACUAUCAAUGCAAUGAUUGGUUACAAUCAUCACCAGAAAUGAGUUAUAACAAGACAAAUAUAGCAGAUCAAUCAACAUACUCAUUAUCUUCUGUCGGCCAAUCAGUGCAGUAUGUACAUAGUCCAGCUUGUGUUCCUAGGUUUGUUAAGACUCGACAGGGCUUUACACCAAGUCUAAUGAAAACAAGAGAGGAGUACAGAACAGAAGAAGAGAGAGAUGAAGAUGAGGUUAUAGAUGUCAAUGAAUCCCAAGAUAACACAGAAAAUUCUAUUCUGGAAGAAGAUCCAGACAACAGUUUACCUGAGAAUGCAUCCAUUACCACCGCAGUGGUUAAAGUCAGAGGGUCUAUGAAUGUAAUGUUAACACCAUUGUUUCUAGAGUCUUUCCAAAGAUACACAGAAGCAGUGAUUCCAACACUGACAGCUCUUCACCCAUCUUCUAUAAUAGACGGUUUGCACAGCCAAUGUUUAGAUGGCUUGAAAAGACAGAAUCGUCUGAAGAAAGUGAAAGAAAAGUCUGAUAGUGAAGUUACAAAAAUGCCAGAGAGACAGUUCAGUACAGAGAGUAGACGUAGCAGUGGUGAAAUGAAAACAAAGAGUAUACAGGCUCUGUUUACAUUGUCAAAGAUAAACAUAUGUGUUCUACAAUCAGGUAUGGUUGAAGAAGUGAUAGCUUUCUCUGCUAUGGAAAGUAUACGUGAUUUAACGUGCGUUUCACUGUUAGCUGUAUGUUUUGACAAUAUCAAUUGUCAGUUGCUGUCAAACAGCCAUUCUGUUAAAACCAUGCAGGAGAAACCCAAUUCGGUUGGUGUUCCUAUAAAGACUUCACCAAAGAAACAAAAAGUUAAACGAAUGGAUUCCAGUAACUUUGAUAAGUCCCAGGAAGACCUGGUGACCGAAGUUUGUCGAGAGGAAAACGUAGGAACCCUUCAUAUCUCUAGAGUGCACAUCCAGUUACAGAGAAUGCUGAAAAAUAGUAAUUAUUCUGAUGAAGUGUUGUUAACAGCUAUACCAGAUCACAAGUCUAAAGUUUUGUUUGAAUUUGACAAGGAACUUAGUAAACCAUUAGCAUUUGCAUUUCCAGCUUCCCCUAGGCAAAGGGGGGAGAGGCCGUCAACUUCUACUCCCUCACCAAAGACUGUACGUAGAAAUUCAAGUAGAGAAGGUCGUCGAAGUAUGAGUCGCCAGGCAAGUAGGGACACUGACAGUCAUGGCGGAACUUUACCAAAAUUGUUUCGACAAAGUAGUAUUGAUGAAGAAUCUCUUGAUGGUUCAACAUAUGAUGGAAAAUCAAGAAAGGCUCCAAGUAGAGAACACAGUUUUAAAACUGGCAAAUCUGCUUUAGGAUUUAUAAUGUUUGAAUGUGGUUUAGAAAAUAUUGACGUCAAAGCAGUUAGGAGGUUAGGGUUUUCUGAAAAUGUUGACGAACAGUUUACGCAAAAAAUGGAAAAAGUGGCAAAAAAGUUAUCAAACAUUCAGACAUCGACUAGAUUAGAAUUAGAACGUGAAUUAGGAAAAUCAGAGGAAGAGCCAAAUCUAUCUUCCAGCAAACACAGUAGAGGAAAUAAAAAAGAUAGUGAUUCAGUACAUUCCUGGGACUCCAGGGUAUCUCUACCUUCAAGUUCCUCAUCUUUGAUGUCUUUCACAGAAUAUGAGGCUCUUAAGGGGGAUGCCUCUAGUGGUAUGCUAGAAAUAAAGACAAUUUGGUUCAACUUUGCUGCACCACCACCAAUAUCUAUCAAAAGGAAAGUGGAUUUUACAAAACAUGAUUGGAAUCUACUGAGUACAGGUACACCAGCAAUCAAUGCCUGGAUGAACCCGCUGGACAGGCUGAUUUGUUCAGCCAGACAUAUGAUGUUAACUCUAACACAUCGUACUAGUUCUGUAAUGGCCUGUAUCAUGACCGAUGGUCUGGAGGAAUCCAGUGUCCACUUUCCUAGCAAGAGCAAGUACUAUAAAUUUACUCCCUUAGCCAGAAUACUAGUAGAGGAACCUUCAUGUCAGCUUUUCACAGUUCUUCGAAAAUACCUGUAUAAAGUGGGUACCAAACCUGUAGAGAAAGCUGUUCAAGCAGACACACUUCCCCAAUUGAUAACAAUACAAAAAGGAAUACUAGCAUUGACAAGACAGUGGAAAAAUGUAUUGUACAUGCCACAAUUGUCAGAAAUGGAUUUCAAAUCUCAGAAAACUGUACGUCCUUACACAGUUAAAUUUGCCUUGCCGUUAGGUGAUGAUGAAAAUAGUGACGAUGAUGAAUGUGGGGAUAACUUAAGUGAGGAAAAUUUUGAUGUUGUGGAUGAAAGAGUAUCAUUGUUGACGGGAGAUGAAGGGUCAAUACAUAAAUCUGGGUCAAUUUCAAGUUUUCAUGCUCAUGUCAGAGGUAAGAAAGACCAUGAAGGGUCAUCUUCCAUGCCCUCAGUACAAUACAAAAAAUUAAAAUCCUAUUUUCAAGGAGGGCUAUCUCAAAACUCGGGAGCCAAUGAUUCUCCAGAUAGACAGGUGACAGGAAGUAGUACAACUCCAAACCCCCUAUUGGCCCCUCAACAAUCGAUUCAUCGUAAUGACAGUAAUUAUAGUUUUCAUUCUGCGGCUGCUAGUUUGACAAGUAUAGACAAAAGUGACUUGACUCCUCCAGUAACUCCAAUUAAAACAGAGUUUUCUAAACCAUCAAUUUUAAAGAACAAUGUCAAUGUUGAUAAAACCCAGGACUUGUAUCAAUGGAUGGCAAAGCAGGAAGAAUUUGAAUUUGAUGAUACACAUUUAUUUAAAAGACAGGAUUCUCUUCUCGGUGCUUUCGGAAGUGCUUGGAGUCAAGAUGACAGCAGGCUAGAUUUGAGUGAUGAACAAUUCUCUAAAGCAACAUCAAUUAUGCAGCUGGCAGAUGCUAGAAGUUUAUUCAAACCUUUCCUUCAGAGCAUAGGAUUACAUGUCGAAGGUGUUCGCCCAACUGCCAUGAUGAAGAAAUUUGGUGGAAGUCUUUCCUUGCAAGGUCAGCUUGAGACUAUAAAAAUACAGAUUGUUAGUUCUGAGAGAUAUCAUAGAAGGAAAGAAAAAUCAAAGAAACGAAAAUUGAUUGAUUUCAAUGCUGUACCUGCAUUUUUAUGUGAAGGUUUCCUAGCCCACAUUGCUAUGAAAGAUGUAGUUGAUUUUGAAAACAAAGAAUCUGGAGGUAGUGAGGAUAAAAGCAAUGGGAAACCUCCACUUAACUUUGCCAUGCAUAAAUUAGAAGCAAAACCAACAACUUUACAAGUGAAUUUCAUGAUGAACUGUGAUUCAGUUACUCAGCAUGUUGAUAUGCCUCUGUUAAGACUUGUGCAUCAAUUUGUUACAAUGGCAGACAAUAUCAAGGACACAAAGAAAGAACUUAAACACAGCCACUCAAAUCUCGAAUGGGUUAAAACACACAGAAAACAGGAUUCUAAAGGUUCAACUUCCAGUGCAGAUACUCACAAUUCUGAUGUUUCUCAUUCAGGGCUUGUUAGUCCUCCAUCAGUUGAAAAUCUGUCGAAAAUGAAGGAAUCUACUUCAUCAAGUGAGUCUGGUCCGGGCCAAAUCACUAUUGAAAUUCCACCUUCUCAUAGAAAGACAUCUGCAUUGGCGUGUCUUCCUCUGAACUUUCCAAGAGCUGAGCAGAAAAGGCCUGACAAACAUAUGACAUUAUCUUUAAAGAGGACAAAUAUUUUUCAAACCAAGAAGAUGUCCAAGUCAGACCCUAUACCAAUUUCUAAUAUACAAAGCAAGUCAUCUGAAUUGCUUACACCUCCACAGUCUUUAAAUUACAGUGAUACCGUUACAAUAGACAUGGAAGACACAUCCUCACCGAUUGUGGCUGAAAAGACUAUAGUGGACGAAAUCAAAGAAUCCACUCCAAAAUGCUGGAGGACGUUAUAUCAUCUGUUAGAACUAUACUCAACAAUGCCUGAAACUAAGACUAUACUUGGACGCAGGCCUACUGUUACUAAACUACUACCAGUAAUAGUUGAGGAACCUGAGGGCGGGUCUAGAGAGCGUGUUGCAGGGUCAAGAGAGGGUGUUGCAGGGAAUGCGGACACUCUGUCAGGCAGUACAAAAUUGAAAAAUAAAUCUAAACAGGAUAUAAAUGACAUUGAAGAGAAAGAGAUUGGAGGAACUGGUGAGGGUACCAGUAAAAAGCCUCCGUAUCCUGCAUUCAGUAGAACCAGUUUUAGACAAAGUAUUUAUGUUGGAGAGAGUAUAACCUUGGUUGUGUUUGGUAUUGCUAAAGUUGAGAGAGUCAGAAUGCAGGCAUUGUUAAGUGGUCUCAAACUGGAAGCUGAAAUGAAAAGUGUACAUGCAAGUGGAUCAUAUAAAGAAAAAGCAAAAGGUUUUCUACACAGAAAGUCAUCUGAGUCUUCAGUUACAGCUCACAUAGGAAACACCAAUAUAGUUUUACUGGAAGGUCUACCUCCUGAUAUAAAGACAGUAGUGACAGUAAGAAUAGACAGAUCCCUUGGAUUACAUACCACCAUUCUGAGGAGAGCGAAGGAACAUAACUCUGCCAUGGUAUCUAUAGGGGCCAUACAUGUAGACAUACCUCAACAUCCUGUUGUAUUACAUGGUAUGGUCACCAGGAGUUCUAGGGAACUGUCAACCACUCUCCAGGAAUUUAGAAGGCCUAUGUCUAGAGCAGGUCGUGUAUUAGAAACCAUGUAUGAAAGUGGUUUUCCUGAAAACCAGCAAAAGGCUGAGAAACAGAAAAGCACAACAAAACCAGUAAAAAGAGAGUCAACCAACAAACCAACUUUCUUACACAUCCAUAUUAAGGCUAUAUUACAGGGUAUUACUGUUGGUGCAUCUUUGCUACCUUCACUAAAGGCACAAUACAAGACUAAUUCCAUUACUGUUAGUGGUAUAGCAGGGAAGAAAGCUCAUUUCACACUUGACCUACCAAGUCAUGCUCUUAGUUUUAAAUCUAAGGUAAUGACAACAGAAACUUCAAUACCAUCAUCAGCUAGUAUAGACUUACCACCAAUACAUAUGUAUGCAGACUAUCGUAGUUACAAGUCUAACACGGGUACCAGUGAGUCGUUGACAGAUGGUCUGGUAUGGAAGGAGGGGAGUUAUCUAAAUGGUGUAGCAGAAGUAGGAAUGUUAGAACAUAGUCUUUCAACAGAUCUACUGAACCAUCUUGUGUUUGUACAGAAGGUUUUCAUGAAGGAAGUUAAUGAGUUGGUACAGAAAGUAUCAGGAACUGACCAGCCUGUACCAUUAUGGGUGGAUGAAAUAGAACCUGAUCCUACAUCACAACCAGUCUUAUAUUCCCUACUGUUCAGAUUUAAGGGUAUACAGAUAACAGCUACCACACCUACAUCUAGUGCAGUGAGACUGGAGACGGGCUCUGUUGAUCUAGAGAUCUCUAACCGAGUACAGAUGGCAAAAAGUGAAGACAGCCCUAGUAUCCCUACCACAUCUAAUAACCAGAAAAUGUUUAUCAAGGCUCAGGUUGAUCUUAAUGUAGCCCUUGGACAGUUGCUGAAGAAUGCUUUAUUCGAAGAAGCUGAACCGGAAUUCCAAACCAUGGCAUUUUUCAAGACAAAAAUAGCAAUUAGAAAUGCUCUUCAGGAUGAGAUGAUACCAGGAGUAUCAGCUGACCAGGAGGCUCUACUGAUCACCCUUACCAGACCUAUUAUCCUUAUUCAACCUUUAGCCUUUGACAAAGCUGUACUCGUGUGGUUAAACUACAAAAAUGCCUAUGAGUACUGGACAGAACAAAGAAUGGCAUUGAAUACUGAAGUUCAGACUGCUACAAGACAAGUGAUGGGUAGGAUUCCACAGUUUAACACCACAGCCCCGUCUACCUUCAGUACACUAUAUCUACAGGUGACGGUAGACGAUAUGGGAAUAUGUGUACCUGUAGAGAGUGUACAAAGUCAGAAUACACAUACCAGCAGAUUUAUAGACAGUGAACCUGGUGUAGCCUUGGUGAUGACCUUGAAGAGUACACAGAUCUCUGCUUGUUCUUCUGGAUCACUAGUCAGCAAGGGCAAAUUCCAGGACUUUUGUUUACGAUUUGCCAAUGAUUUUGAAACAUCUUGGGACGAUUGGAAACCAGACUCUAAAGAAGAUCCUAUAAUGAAUGCCUGUGUUGUACCAGAGGGGACAUAUGAAGUUUGUUCUAGGACAAUUAACAAACAGGCUUCAGACCCAAAUGGAAAUGCCAAAUGGAUACUAAAUGUCCAGUGGGAAAUGAAAGGAAUAGACGUUCAUCUUGAUACAAACAUUGGGAAGAGGUUAUCUUCCCUUGGAGGUACUCUAACUGCUCUAGCAGGAGAACCAGAUGAUGAAAUGGGAGAAGAUGAAGAGGGAGGGCAGGAUAUUUUCUCCCCUAAUGAAUAUGAGACCGAGCCUUCCCCUAGAAGACCCAGCCUGAUGUUAGAUUCAUUGCCAAGUUUUGUUUAUGACACCACAAUGGAUCCAAAACAAAGGUUCAGACUGAUUGAAAAAGAGAUGAAUGAACAGGCCAGGAUUGUACAAGACCUUAGGCAACUAGGAGCAAGUCUACCAACUAUUGAAUUAGAAGCUAGAAAACUUGAAGAAUUAAAAUCUAUUGUGUUUAGAGAUUUUAGAAGAGAGAUUUUGUUCAAACUGAAGAAACAAGGGGAAAGCAGGACCUCUGCUCUAAAGGAUCAGUUGGGUAUAGGAAACAAACCUCUUCACUCUAGAUCUAAAUCAUAUGGUGGAGGUCAUCAUAGAAGGAGUCAUGCAGAUAUGGACAAACUCGCUGCCUAUAACCAACAGUCUAAAAGGAUAGGAUCAUUAGAUAUAUCUAAAACAUUACCAGCUAGAGUCAAGUUUGGACAGACUAUUUCUACAGCAUAUACUCCUCCAGGGACUCCCACAUCACUGACAGAAGACCCCAGUAUUCUGAAGGACUUCAGUUCUAGUAGUCCAUCAUCGGAAGCCAGAGCCUGGUACAGCAGGGAUUCCACUACAAGCACUGACUCCUCGGAUAUCUCAGAAGAAGAAGAAGGGCGAAUCAAAUCAGAAGUCUUCUCUGAUGAUACAGAUGAAGAGGAGGAUAUAAUACCUCCAGUAACCAAUCCCAGUAUAGGUAGUGGAGGAUCUAAAACAACGAUGGAACCUAAUAUUGACUUUGAACUGGAUAUAAAGGUCUUUAUUGAUAGUGGUAAAUGUGUUCUACAUCCAAAAGACUCAAAGGAAGAUGAACUGAAAAGGCAACAGAAACGAGAAAAGACUCCAACCAUCAAUCAGAGUUCACCUAAAUCUGCCAGAAGAAACCAAAAUAUACCUGACUUUGGCCAGUUCACUGGUCAGACAAAAAAACCAGGACAACAACAACAGCCACAAGUGGAGAACACUGUCUUCUUCAUGCCUAGUGUUGAUGUCAAGGUUCAUUACAAUUCCAAAACUACUAAUGGUACUAUAGAAUCAUCUGUUUCACCUGAAUCAGCGAGAGACCUCCUACCACAGGAGGAUGCUUACACAGAAGAAGAAGUGGUUGUCAUUAGGAGACCUAAAUCCAAUCAGUUUAUUAGUCCAAGUAAUAGUACUGGUUCUGAAUGUACUGAUUCCAACAUUAGUUGCAGACAGAAACCUGGUGUGAAAAAGGCCAAACUUUAUGCUUGGUUGUCACUGCAGUCAUUACCUGAGGAAAUGAUAAUAAGUCCAUACCUGAUGUAUUUCUUAGAGCAAGCUUUAGAACCAAUACCUAUAGGUCAGCCUGGUCAAGCAGCCUCUCCUCCUACAAAGAAAAUGGAUCCAUUCAGUAUGUUGAAUAUAGAUCUGGAUGCUUCAAGCACAUCACUGACAACAGGAGCUUACUACAACUCAUUCCCUGUUGAUGUUGUUGUGUUCAUUAGAGUGGAACCAUCUAUAAUAAGAUUCAACUGUGUCCCUGUUUCUAGAGUAGAAUGUCUUCUACAGGUUCCAUCACUAGAUGUAGUGUUUAGCACAAGAGGACCAGAUAUGGAGGCCCAAAUAGGAGAGGCUUCACCUCCACUUAAGACCAAAGUUAGCAGAGAGCGUAACUGGAGUGGAGGGAAGUCUGAGAAGUCAAGAAGCCACAGUAAUACUUCAUCCAGUAAUGAUUUACCAGUCAUGUCCAAAGCAGGAGGUCUCAGUUUCACAGGAAGAUUAUCAGAUUUCUCAUUGUAUAUUUUCCAUCCCUAUGGUGGAGCCCAGAGAAAGAUGACAUCUCCAAUGUAUUCUAGUGAUUCUGCAUAUAAACUGGGAAGCAUUCAAGAACAUGGUACUGCUUGGUCAGAGAUGUCAAGAAGAGAUAUGUUGAGUUUGAAUGUAGAAUUUAUUAAAGUGACGAUUUCUAGAUCUCGUAAACUGGAAGUUAGACUUGAUCAACCUUCACAUAUUCAUGUAUCUAAACAUGAACCACAGUCAAGAUCAAAUGUUGUUAGGUUUUCAGCUGUCUGUGACAUUGGAACAGCUAUGUUUAAGUACGACAUGAGAAGAUUGUCAGAAAUCCUUACAUUUCCUAAGGCUUGGUACAACAGAAAUCUUACUAGACGUUUGUUCCUUGGAGAGGAGAGCUUUGCACAGACUGGCGAUGAAGAAUGGGACAGUUCGUCAACCAGCUCAAUGGGAGAUGCAGGCUCAUUUAGCCCUGCUUCUAAAAUUUUUACCUCUUCUCCUGCGCUUAAUGUUAAUGGAAGUGACACAAAAACACGAAAAACUCAUCAUCGCAGAGGUUCUUCUGGUGACAAAUUCAGGACUCAACUCAGUAUGGAACUUAAGAACGAGAUUGACAGCAGAGUAAAUAGAAGAGGACUUAAAAUAUUCAAGCGUUCAGUGUCAGCUCCUCAGUCACCUACAGAUAUUAGCUUCAGUGAAUCUGGUUCUAUAUCAACACACAGGUCUUUAUCCAAACAACGAGCUAGCUUGACCCCUUCAGAAACACCCAGAAACAAGAGAAGAGCUUCAGGAGCUUCAGUACCUAAACCUUCCAGUUCAUGGGAAACCCUUGUAAUGUUUGCUGUAAAUCUGUCACAGUUAGACCUCAGAGUCCAGAUGAGCAAUGUUAUGGGCAAUACAGUAUGGUCAACGAAAAAUGUGAAGAGCCAGGGGAGAUUAUCCAUUGAUUGUAGUGGACACAAAGAUCUGAAGAUUACAACUGGAAUGGAUAAUUCUCAUUUUGAUUCUAAAGGAGGAGUUGUUGGUGGUACCCUAGAAAUUAACAACUUAUCAACAUUUGUUGAAGUUAAUGAAGAUCCAAUAAUUGGAAAAGAACCCAGUCAUAGAUUAGGCUUAUCACUGUUUGCUAUAGAAUGUCGUAUGGAUUAUAUGGGUACCAGUGUACUGAUGACAAGACUAAGUAAACUAGACAUUGAAAUAAAGGAUGAAUGGCAUGUAGAAAACAAAAGUGAAAGUGACAGUCCCUUGGCUACAACUAGACCUGGUUUAAUGUUUGCACAUGGAGAACUUGGUUGGGACCAGUUUCACACAAUGAUAUCAAGAUCUACAACACCUGAUAUUUUUAAGAUGGUGGCAAAGAUUGAGGAAUUCAUAACUAUGCAGUUUAACAGCAGUAGGCGGGCCUUGUCUGCUAUUGGACCAAUAGGAACAAAGAGGCCUCUUGAUAAACAAAAACAAAGUGAUGAAGAUGAAUAUUUGUGGGACAUUAAAUACCAUAGACAUUGGCAAAAGGCAUUUGAGAUGAUAGCAGACUGUAAAUUUUCUAUGUUACCAUCCAUGAUUCCUAAAGUAGGAACUAUCUUAGGUGGCAACAUUAGUUUACAUGGCAACAACAUGACCUUGGCUUGUUUCCAUGGUAUCAACUUCAGAUCAAAAUCAUGGGCACUGUUCAGUUUGAAUGAAGCUUUUAUUGUGUUUGCAACAGAAGCUCAGAAAACACAGGAUGGAGAUCUCCACAUAGUACAAGAUUUGAAAUUAAAUAUUGGCCGUGAAGCACAACAUACUUUAGGAAAGAAUAUGGCUUCUGUUUGUAAGAUAAGCAGAGGUCACACAAUGCCACCAACAUUUACCAGUGUCCAGGAAUGGUUCCAUUAUGCAUUUGCUACAUCAGAAAUUAAAGAUUUGGAUAAUUUUCCAACCAUGCAAAGGUAUGGUGUUGAGAGUCCAAAGGAUCACAGACGUCGACGUACACAGGACUACUUCCAUGAUACAGAGAUGAUAUUUGUGUUGCCAUCAUUAGAAAUGUGCCUCAAAUCCAUUCAUAAGCAAGGAGAAUAUGAGCCUCAAUCUGAUGACGAGAAACCCAUAGUUGAGGUAACCUUUGUAACAGAGUUUGAAGACCAUAUCUAUGUAGCAAUGGAUGCUGAGGUCAUCCUUUUCUUACAUGACCUCAUUUCAUUGUACAUCAAAGAGAAAGAUAAAGACGGUAGAAUGUCUUACAAGACUGAUACAGAGAAGAAAAAAGUGACAGACCCAACAGCAGCAUUAAAGGAAGAUGGCAGAGAAUUUAAUUGUAAAUUCUGGAAGUUAGAACCUACUGUUAGAUUACUACAUUGGGCCAGUAAAGAAAUAGACCCUGUUGGUGUAGAUUAUGUGUUACAGAAGUUAGGAUUUACUCAUGCUAGAGUUACUAUACCAAAGUGGAUGCAGCGUGGAUUCAUGGACCCACUAGAUAAAUUCUUAUCUAUUCUUAUCGAAUAUCUUAUAACAGUAUUAAGAGAGAAACCUAAAGAACAGACAGAAGGAGAGAGUUAGUGGUUGUGUUAUGUCCCUUUUAUAGUGUAUGAGUAUAGAUGUUAUAUAUUAUGAGUACAAUAAACAAUUACAUU